AUUAUUUAUAAGCGGAUGGGGAGACGUAUGGAAGUAGACGCGACGAGAAUUUUCUUUUUCCACGCAUCUUAACUAGCUUUUUUUGUUCCUUUCCUUCCCCCUUUUCCUUUUCCUUUUUUCUUUUUCUUUUUUUAUAUUACCUUUUUUUUUUAAUUCCUGACAGCUCUGGAGCGACGGCUGGGGGAUAUUUCUUUCGGCGGCGGAUGGCCGUGCGUUUGUUGAGGCGGUGGCGGGGAGAAGACCCCAUUCGGCCUAGUCCCGUCGUGGGCGUGAUGACUUCAUGGCCUCAGCUACAUGCUUAGCGAUUACACGGUUUGGUUGAGGUGAAUGUCUAGGUCACAUGGAUGUUUCGGAUAAGAGACGAGCCAGCGUUGAACGGAAAAUGGAUCGAUGUGCUCUCCCACGCCGUAUGCAUGGGCCUCUCUCUCUCUGGAACGCCCGGGCCAUGCGAGAAGGGAAAUAAAUGCCCACAAUGGCGAGACCUGCCGCCGUCCUACACGGGAACGCGAGCUCGAUCUGUGGGGUUGUUGGGACAGGGAACUGUCAAUUGGCAGUCCUUCCCAUGCCCGAACGCAACGGUGUCCCCUCCAUGGAAUUGGGGGCUCUGGUGUCGUAUAUCCUGCCGGUCUUGGGAGAUGCAGGCUGGAUGUUCAAGAUUCGAACAGCUGGCAACCAUUGCUGCAGGCGAGCAAGCACUAAAAUAAAUAAAUCAAUGCCGGGACCACAGCCUUCUUGAAAUUCAAUUUUUCUGUGCCAUGCUCUUGAUAGGGUGUUUUAUUUAUAUACAACAUAUAUAUGUACAGUACAUGAUGGGAGGGGAUUUGUCACUGAGUGAGUAGCUCGCUCCUCCGUCCCACAGCUAUACAUGCGUCUUUUGACGUGCGACAGAAGUUCGCCAGCGCAUCUCAACCCCCUUUUCUCUCAGUUCCAUUGAUCGGCUGUGGAUGGGAUAUACGGGGACAGGCAGAGAGCACACCCUUCUGUCGGGCUGGCGUCCAUUUGCAUGCGUCGUGGCUCUCGCACUCUCGCUGUGGAGGAAUGGCCCGCCCCGUUGUCGCGCAUCCGUGAAUACAAAGUUUUUCUCCCUCCAACGAAGCGCAUCUGAAGCCGGCGUUGGAAGCUCGACAGGCUGGGCGAUGAGGUAAUCGAAGGGUGGCGAGCCUGAUUGGCUGGAGGGAUGUAAUUUAUUUAAAGAUCGCCUUGUAAUUUAUUUUGUCUGGGGUUUGCUGGCACGUUUAGCU